AUGGCCACCACCGUCCGGGAGAUGCCAACCACGUCCGAGCUGCAGAUGAGACUGGGAGCCGCCUUGUUUACAUUGGCGUUCUUCUGGCUUGCGUGGCGGAGAUUGAAUUCACCCUCGAAGAAGGCAGCAGGUCUCACAGUCACAUCGGAGUCGAAGGAGGCUGUGGCCGAGAAGCCGAGGCCCAAGGGGUCCUACUACGGCACACCAGAAGAUGAUCUGAUCACAAAGCUGGACUUUUCGCAAGUCACGCCUUACAAGCCGGAUUUCAACUAUGAAGACGAGCCGCCGAUAGAGUGGUACCACAAGGACUACAUCAGUGAUAGGGUGUAUUCCAUCACCAUGGCGAUCGAAAAGUUGGCCUUUAACGACUGGAUUGUGUUCGACCGGAAUUACAAGAAGCGGAUGGAGCUCAAGGCCAAAGUCUUGGAGGCGGUCGGCUCCGACGCCAUCGACUGUCGGGACGGAGGCUACGACGGCUGCGUGGAAUUGCUGGAAUAUCUGUUGGAAUAUCUGCCACGGCGAUUUCCCACCAUCUUCAAGCUCUCCGCCGACGGCAAAGAGAUCCACAACGCGGUCACGGGGGAGACGUUCGACGUCUCGAAACCGUACAUCAAAUUCCACCCGUUAUACAUCGCUGGGCGGCUGGUCGAGGACGACCUGAACAUCCUGGUCGAGGGUCCCACGGGGGAAUACGUUCUAAAGGCGGUUUUGUCGGCAUUCCCCGCCGGAUUCCAUGUGCGGGAAAAGAUGGACAAGACCUUGACCGAAAUCCACAAGCCGGUGCCUAUGUACAAGGAGAGGAUGCAAAAGUCGAUGAACAGGUUCUUCCAAAAUGUCGGGCCUUCCAGCAUGGUCGUGCGGGCCAAUUGGGCCAUCAACGACAAGGAAGAGCUCUUCUUGACCGAGGGCGGCCAUCUCUACGACGAGGAAGAAGACGUGGUAGCGGACGAGAGCAUCGACAUCAACCAAGUCCAGCUCCGGGUGGAACGACAAGUGCUCCGCCGCCUGCCUCGGACGAAGGCCAUCUGCAUGGUCACCAAAACGUACCUCUAUCGUCUGGUCGACAUUGCAGACACUCCUGGCUUCGCUGCUCGGCUAGGCGGGCUCUUACACAAACUUCCCGACAAGUUUGCUUUUUACAAGAGGAAACCGGUUUGGGGAAAGGUUGUGUUAAGCUAUCUGGACGAGAUGGCGGCCAAAUAUCCCGCCCUCGACUCCAAUGGCACGGCAUAG